AGAAAAGGGGGCGGGGGACUCGGCUUGUUGUGUUGCCGCCCGGGAGCCGGAGACUGUGCUCGCUGCGGCCGCGGCUCCUCCAGCCACCCGACCAUGUCGUCUCAUCUGGUCGAGCCGCCGCCGCCCCUGCACAACAACAACAACAACUGCGAGGAAGGCGAGCAGCACCUGCCCCCGCCGACCGGCCUCAACAGUUCCUGGGUGGAGCUACCAAUGAACAGCAGCAAUGGCAAUGAUAAUGGCAAUGGAAAGAAUGGGGGCCUGGAGCACGUGCCUUCCUCAUCCUCCAUCCACAAUGGAGACAUGGAGAAGAUCCUGUUGGAUGCACAGCAUGAGUCAGGGCAGAGCAGCUCCCGGGGCAGCUCCCACUGUGACAGCCCUUCCCCACAAGAAGAUGGGCAGAUCAUGUUUGAUGUGGAGAUGCACACGAGCAGGGACCACAGCUCUCAGUCAGAAGAAGAAAUUGUCGAGGGAGAGAAAGAAGCAGAGGCAUUGAAGAAGAGUGCAGACUGGGUAUCGGAUUGGUCCAGUAGGCCAGAAAACAUUCCACCCAAGGAGUUCCACUUCCGGCACCCGAAACGUUCCGUGUCCCUGAGCAUGAGGAAAAGCGGCGCCAUGAAGAAAGGAGGGAUCUUCUCGGCGGAGUUCCUGAAGGUGUUCAUCCCGUCUCUCUUCCUCUCCCACGUGUUGGCUUUGGGGCUAGGCAUCUAUAUUGGAAAACGACUGAGCACACCUUCUGCCAGCACCUACUGAGGGGAAGCAAGGCCUUGGACGGACAUGCGUGUGACCUGUGAAGUGGUGUAUUGUCACAGUAGUUUAUUUGAACUUGAGACCAUUGUAAGCAUGGCCCAAACUACCACCCUAUUUUUACAUAUUCAAUUCCAGUAACUCUCAAAUCCAGUAUUUUAUUCCAACUCUGUUGAGGCAUUUUACUAACCUUAUUCCCUUUUUGGCCUGUAAGACACUUUAGAAUUUCCUAACAGAGUUUACUGUUUAGAAAUUUGCAAGGGCUUUUUUUCUGUAAAUGCCACCAGCAGAUUAUAAUUUUGUCAACAAUGCUAGUAUUUUCUCCUACUGUUACCAGACCUGGACCUAUAUCUUACAUGUUAUGAAUUUACUCUUGCAAUGCUAACUACCAUCUCUUCUCUUAAAAAAACAAAAUCAGGUCAGCACACCAUAUAAAAGCUUUGUGGUUCAGUUUUUCUUUCCUUUUCCUUUCCAAGACAAAGCCAAGCUUCGCUAAGCUUGAAUUUAUAGUUACAGGAAAAAAAAGAAACAAAAACAAAUAAACAAGAAGAGUAUCAAGACACACAUACACAAAAAUACUUGGGCAAUAAAAAAAAAUAUUUUAAACCAGCUUUGGAGCCACUUUUUUUCUAAGCCUCCUAAUAGCGCCUUUUAAUUUGUAGGAGGCAGGCUGUAUAAAUAUAAAUGAUAGUUAGGAAAUAGAGUAAGAACCAAACUCCAUGAACAGAUUUUACUACAAGUAUAUGGAGCGCUGUCUUUUUCUAUGGUGUAGCGUCUAUUUCUGAGCAGGGAUGUCUCAGGCUUUGACACGUACAGAGAUGUUUUUGAGACCCAUGUGUGUACGUGCUUGGUAUUUUUAUGUCUUAGCUGCAUGUGAACUUUCCAUGACUUUAAAUUUUUUUUUUCUUCCUCUAAGAAGAGACUUUGGAAUGAGCUGCCAUUUGUGGUGAUAAUACAGGCUUCUUGUUUUAGGAAGCGUCUCUCACUCUCUGAAGUCUUUCAACUCUGAAGAUAAUUGUUGGAGGGUUAUUGCAAGCGUGUGUGCAGCUUGGAGAGCCAGACCCAGGCUGUGGAACCAUUGACAAGGUCCUGGAAGGUUCUGAUCUCUCUCUCCUUGCUGUUCACUGCGCAGUCUUCCCAGGGUGAUUCCUGCAAUUCCGCAGGCACAGGUCCUUAUCUCAUGGAGCCGUCUUUUCAGCGGGCUAAACUCUCCAAGUUUGAAAGUACUCACAAAUUCCUUCAGUGACAUCCUUUUUUUUUUCCUUUGUUUCUAAAAUGUGAAGCUUUAAGACCAAAUUGUUAGCAAGCAGCAGAAUGACCAGUUAUUUCAAGUAGAUUUUAUUGGAUUGCAGAACACACAGCAUUGACUCUGAAGGAUACUACUCUUUGUUUUCUAUAUAAAUAAUUACUGUUUAUGAUGUAGAUUUUCCUAUUCAAUGCUUAGAGAACCAUUGUGAAGUGCAUCAGGUUGAUUUGAAUAAAGACACUAUGAUAACCAAGUUUGACAGGUAAAGGAACCUUCCUGCCAAGCUUUGUAAAAGUGAUGUCUUACGGUGGGAAAUAAUAGGCAGGUUAAACAAACAAAAAAAAUUCACUUUUUUUCCCCCCAAGAAUAUAGUCAGAUGUCUUUAAGAAAGAAAAUAUUUCUAAAUUAGCUUUGAAGUUCUUCAUUUUUUUUUUCUAGCAUUUGAUGAAGUCUAAACAAAAAAUUAAGAAUGUUUAUCACCUUGUUUCUGUCUUGCUUCAACCUGGUAACACUUGAUUUGCCUUCUAUGCUCUCUUUAUUUCAAGUGUUCCUAUUUGACUUUCUGUGGGAAGCAGGUAAAUCUGAUGGCCCACUGACUGUGAAUAACAUUGGAGAGGCUGAGCACGUUCAGAGAACGAAGUAGCUAAACCGCCAGAAUACACAGCUUGUGUGCAGUUGGUGUCAUGGCAGUCAAGAAGGAAACCAUACUUGACACGAGAGCCUCUUGCGACAGGCGGCUCGUGGCCACUUCUGAAAUCCGGUAGCAAUCUGUCAACAGUACAGCUGAACCUGGGUAUAUUUUUGUUUUCAGCAUUGAGAACAUUUAAUUUUACCUUUUUUGAAAUUAUCUGAAAUUAUAGAUUAUUACUUAAAAUAUGUAUCCUCAGAGGAGAGCUUAUAGGGUGGCGUCAUGCCGUGUUUAGAGGUGGCUCCGACAGAGGAGGGGAGCAUUCACGUUCCCGUGCAGAUUUGCGUCACAGGGAAAUAGACUGCCUGAUUGCAAUGGAGAACUCAGCAAUCAGUGGUUGAUAUUAACAGUACAGUGCUUAAGGAGCUUUACACCUGUUUACAGUGGGGGGACUUAAAAGGCAGGCUUCAUCAUCUUUCUCACAUCUGAAGAAAAUUGGCUUAGAAAUACUUGCAAAUAGAAUCAAGAGCAGAACCAUACAGAUUCGCUCAUCGGGUCAUACAAGAAGUUACUUUCAGUGUAGUAGGGACAUUUACCAUUCUGAACGGUGGCAACUGAAGACCCAGCCAGCCAAACUCAGAGGAAUCAGUUGUUGAGAUGAUUUGGAAAUAACUGAGCCAAAGUGAUUAUGCAUUCUUCAUCUAAUUUAGUUAGCACUUUGUGUCAGCAUAUACAGUUUACAAUACAUGUAUAACUUGUAGCUAUAAACAUUUUGUGCCAUUAAAGCUCUCACAAAACA